UCUAAAAAGGAAGACUGUUGUUCGGUCAUCAAAUUUGUUCCAUUGAGGAUGACUUCUGUUAGAAAGCUGAAAUCUGUAGAGAAUUCCUCUGAAAACAACAUAAAGAAUUUCUUUACGGCGCAGAAUUCAAGCACCGGAUCAGUACGGAAGACCCUGCAAGUUCUCCAGCCCUCCGCAGUUAAUAAAAAUGUUCCCAGGAUAAUUGAGAAUGGAAAAGCUGUUUCUAAGAGGAAGUUGUGGAGCGCAGAUCAAGUGAAAGGCUCAAAAAGAAUUAAAGCUGAAGUUGCAGUGAAAACUACAGACGUCGAUAAUGAAAAUCAGCCUGACGGAAUUUCUAAAGAUGCAUAUGAGCUAAUGGUCAAAGAAACCCCAGGCUCCUCCUAUUGGAAAGAGGUAGCGGAGGAGCGUCGGAAAGCCUUGUUCAAUGUUCUUCAGGAGAAUGAAAAGCUACAUAAAGACAUUGAGGCCAAAGACGAGCAGAUUGCCCAGUUGAAGAGCGAGAAUGAAGAGCUGCAGGAGCUGGCUCAGCACGUCCAACACAUGGCAGAUAUGAUCGAGAGGUUAACAGGAAAGAGCCCGGAUAACAUGGAGGAAUUACGAGAGAUCGCGUUUGACGAUGACGAGGAGGAGGAUGAUGCUUGCGAUGAGGAUGAAGGCAGUCGGAAUAAGGACAGCGAAGAGGAUGAAGAGGUAGAGGAGACGGAAGAAGAACCGGAAGAUUCACAUGAGGAAAGCAACGCACCUGAACAUUUAAACAGCAGCACAAGUUCAAGUCAAACUGAAGAUGCUGGUGCUGAGUGAAAAUGACCUUUUUAUUAUUUUUAAUGUGCCUGCUGUAAAACUGGACUGAGCCGAGUGUACCUGUGACGUAUAAUGUUUUACCAAUGAUCUUUUUUUUUUUAAAUUAUCGCCUUAAACCCAUUUUAAUUUAAUGUAUAUUGAUGCGGUGUCAGUCUUACAAAUGGAGUUUGUACAAUGCUUUUUUACAA